AUGUUGUGCACUCCAAUCAGCAUAUUCUGUCUCACGGUGCCGAGAAGAGUUGUAUUAUCGCCCAAGUUCUUUGCAGACUGCACAUCUCUACAGUUCCAUUUGUUUCAUUGGAGAGCUAAUAUGUCUAAACGCAAGGCUACUGGUUCAGGCGCAGAGAAACCGGUGAAGAUCUCUAAAAUUUCGUCAGAGAAGAAAUCAGAUGGCUGGCUUCAAGACCGCGUACUGCUUCAAAGGACAAAGCACAAAGACAAUAAAUUCAACAAAAAACGCCUCCGAUAUCUCACAGAUACUGAUAAAGUAAAACAGGGGGCUGAGGGCGUCCUGUACUGGAUGCACAGAGACCAACGAGUCCAAGAUAACUGGGCUCUGAUCCACGCUCAAAGACUCGCUCUGAAAGCAGAGCUCCCUCUUCACGUCUGUUUCUGCCUGGUGGUCCCUAAAUCUAAACUUUCCACUUACAGGCAUUUCAGCUUCUUGUUAAAAGGCCUUGAGGAAGUUUCACAGGAGCUCAAAACUGUAGGUGUUGAGUUCCACCUCUUGCACGGCCCACCAGGGGAAGUCCUUCCGGGUUUUGUCUCAGAUCGCAGUUUGGGGGCCAUUGUGACUGACUUCUCCCCUCUCAGAGAGUCAUUGCAGUCGCUAGAGGAUGUUAAAAAGAAAAUCCCAAAAGAUAUUCCUUUAAUACAGGUGGAUGCACACAAUAUUGUGCCUUGUUGGGAGGCUUCUCCCAAGCAGGAGUAUUCUGCACGGACAAUUAGAGGAAAGAUCAACAAGGCUUUGCCAGAGUUCCUCACAGACUUUCCUUUAUUGGAGAAACAUCCCUACACAGCGACGAGAACAUCCAAACAGGUGGACUGGUCCAAAGUACUGGCGUCUGCAGAAGUGGACAAGGCCGUGGGAGAAACUGAGUGGGCUAAACCGGGGACAAAGGCAGGGAUGGCCAUGCUGGAGUCUUUCAUUGAUGUUCGUCUGAAACUGUUUUCAUCCCAGCGCAACGACCCCAACGCUGCUGCUCUGAGUCAGCUGUCACCAUGGAUACGAUUCGGCCAGAUCUCUGCACAGCGUGUGUCGCUGCAGGUGAAGGCGGCAGGCGGAGAGUCGGUCGCUCCCUUCAUCGAGGAGCUGGUGGUCCGCAGAGAACUCACAGACAACUUCUGCUUUUACAACAAGAAAUACGACAGCGUUAAGGGAGCCUAUGAGUGGGCACAGAAGACUCUUAAAGAUCACGCCAAAGACAAAAGACCAUAUGUGUACACACGGGAACAGCUGGAGAAGGCCAAAACACACGACAACCUUUGGAACGGAGCUCAGUUCCAAAUGGUUUCUGAGGGAAAGAUGCAUGGAUUCCUUCGCAUGUACUGGGCCAAAAAGAUCUUGGAGUGGACCAGUUCACCAGAGGAGGCGCUCUCUAUUGCUCUGUACUUGAAUGACCGCUAUUCCCUGGACGGGCAGGACCCUAACGGUUUUGUUGGUUGUAUGUGGUCUAUUUGUGGCAUCCACGACCAGGGCUGGGCCGAGAGACCUAUUUUUGGGAAGAUUCGUUUCAUGAACUACAAAGGCUGUCUGCGGAAGUUUGACGUGGCCCGUUUUGAGAAAAAGUAUCGCCCCAAAGACCUUUGA